UGCUCUGGACCUGGCGGCCGUGGCGCGGGUGGCGGCUGCUGUGGUGGCUGUGGGGACUGAGGCGGUGUAGUACCUUCUUCAGCUAGGGUUGUCCCAGGCUUCGGCUCAUGGCAUCGAGUGGCAUCCUUCAUAAGAUUAUUAACUGAAGACAAAAUAAGUAGCUAUGCAAAAUUCUCACAUGGAUGAAUACAGAAAUUCUAGUAAUGGCAGCACAGGCAACAGUUCAGAGGUAGUGGUAGAACAUCCUGCUGAUUUCAGUACUGAGAUUAUGAAUGUUACAGAAAUGGAACAGUCACCCGAUGACUCUCCCAAUGUGAAUGCAGCUACAGAAGAAAGUGAAAUGGCAAGUGCUGUGGACCUUCCAGUGACGCUGACAGAAACAGAAGCAAAUUUCCCUCCAGAAUAUGAAAAAUUUUGGAAAACCGUAGAAAAUAAUCCUCAGGAUUUUACAGGCUGGGUGUAUUUGCUUCAGUAUGUAGAACAGGAGAAUCACUUGAUGGCUGCCAGGAAGGCAUUUGACAAAUUUUUCAUACACUAUCCGUAUUGCUAUGGUUACUGGAAAAAGUAUGCAGACCUUGAAAAGCGGCACGACAACAUUAAACAAUCAGAUGAGGUGCGUACAUCACUGAAUAAAGUAAUCUCCAAUAGGUACUGUAAGCCAAUUAAUAACAAAACAAAGAUUUUUUUUUUUUUUUUUUUUUUUUUUUUUGGCUGGCAGUACCUACCAUUUAUGGUCAAACAAUUUUUAUAGGGUAUUUAUUUGCAUUUGUCACUCUUGUGGCAUUUGUAGCUAAUAUUUUCUCUCUUUGUUGGCAGGUGCGUUAAACCUCUACAGUUUGUCAAGCUUUGCAGUGCAAGCCUCUGUAUUACACUGCAGCUUAACAAACGCUGUCAUUGAUGCUCUAAUGGGUCUGUGCCCUAUGGUCUGUAACCCAAAGCCUGCCCACACAACCCGGUCAGAAUGCAGGGACUGCUGCGCUUUGAAGAUCAAGACUCUGCACGUGGGGAUCAGAACAUUGCCAUGUUCUAUCCAACCUCCACCCAAAUGGUUUAUCGGCGGGGGCUUCAGGCAAUACCUCUUAGUGUUGACCUCUGGAUACAUUAUAUAAACUUCUUAAAAGAAACAUUGGACCCUGGUGAUCCUGAGACACACAAUACAAUAAGAGGAACUUUUGAGCAUGCUGUUCUAGCUGCAGGAACAGAUUUCCGUUCUGACAGACUGUGGGAAAUGUAUAUAAACUGGGAAAAUGAGCAGGGAAACCUGAGAGAAGUUACAGCUAUAUAUGAUCGUAUUCUUGGUAUCCCAACACAGCUGUAUAGUCAUCAUUUUCAGAGAUUUAAAGAACAUGUACAGAAUAACUUGCCUAGAGAUCUUUUAACUGGUGAACAGUUUAUUCAGUUUCGAAGGGAAUUAGCUUCUGUAAAUGGACAUAGUGGUGAUGAUGGUCCUCCUGGUGAUGAUCUACCAUCAGGAAUUGAAGACAUAACUGAUCCUGCAAAGCUAAUUACAGAAAUAGAAAACAUGAGACAUAGAAUCAUUGAGAUUCAUCAAGAAAUGUUUAAUUAUAAUGAGCAUGAAGUUAGUAAAAGGUGGACAUUUGAAGAAGGUAUUAAAAGACCUUACUUUCAUGUGAAACCUUUGGAAAAGGCACAACUGAAAAACUGGAAAGAAUACUUAGAAUUUGAAAUUGAAAAUGGGACACAUGAACGAGUUGUGGUUCUCUUUGAAAGAUGUGUCAUAUCAUGUGCCCUUUAUGAGGAGUUUUGGAUUAAGUAUGCCAAGUACAUGGAAAACCAUAGCAUUGAAGGAGUGAGGCAUGUCUUCAGCAGAGCUUGUACUAUACAUCUCCCAAAGAAACCCAUGGUGCAUAUGCUUUGGGCAGCUUUUGAGGAACAGCAGGGUAAUAUUAAUGAAGCCAGGAAUAUCUUGAGAACAUUUGAAGAAUGUGUUUUAGGAUUGGCAAUGGUUCGUUUACGAAGAGUAAGUUUAGAACGACGGCAUGGAAAUCUGGAAGAAGCUGAACAUUUGCUUCAGGAUGCCAUUAAGAAUGCCAAAUCAAAUAAUGAAUCUUCAUUUUAUGCUGUCAAACUAGCCCGGCAUUUAUUCAAAAUACAGAAAAACCUUCCAAAAUCAAGAAAGGUACUUUUGGAAGCAAUUGAAAGAGACAAAGAGAACACAAAGUUAUACCUCAAUUUACUUGAAAUGGAAUACAGUGGUGACCUCAAACAAAAUGAAGAAAAUAUCCUAAGUUGUUUUGACAAAGCUGUACAUGGUUCAUUACCUAUUAAAAUGAGAAUCACAUUUUCUCAGAGAAAAGUGGAAUUUCUUGAAGAUUUUGGUUCCGAUGUCAAUAAGCUUCUGAAUGCUUAUGAUGAACAUCAGACACUCUUAAAAGAACAGGAUUCUUUAAAAAGGAAAGCCGAAAAUGGAUCAGAAGAACCAGAGGAAAAGAAAGCACAUACAGAAGAUACAACUUCAUCAUCUACACAGAUGAUUGAUGGUGAUUUACAGGCAAAUCAAGCUGUAUAUAAUUAUAGUGCCUGGUAUCAAUACAAUUAUCAGAAUCCUUGGAAUUAUGGACAGUAUUAUCCUCCCCCUCCAACCUGAUGGGAAUAUAAAUUUCAAAUGGUGUGUGUGAAAAAUAUGAAAUUAUUAUUUUUUUUAAUGAGGGAUGUAAACAGUAUAAACUUGUUGUAUUUGAUAGCUUGUCUUCCUUGUUUCGGUGUAACACGAUUUGUUUAGUAAUAGGGGAAAAAUGUCAAUUAGUAGCUUACCACAGAUACUAUUUCCUACCAUUUAUAAAAUUUACUUUUUAUUGAAGAACUAUUUUUUGAUUUUUGCAUUAAGUGGUCUAGAAUUCUUUUGCAAUGCAUUUGCAACAGAAUUUUGUAGCCUUAAGGGGUAGGAAGAAAAGCCUGACUGCAAAUCAUGUCAGUGUAGUACAAAAUUCUGAAAACACAUUAAGGGCUGGUUAUUAAGGAUUUACAUCCUUUAAAAAAAAAAAAAGGAUUUUUAACCUUUGCUGACAGGUUUUGUCUGUUUCAGUUAUACUUGUGAACUGUGAUCUAACUGCAGAAAGAAUACAUUAUUAAAAUUCUAUGCCUUGGAAUAGAUUAUAAAUGAGAAAAUGGAAUGUUUGCAUCCCUUUUAAAAAAAAAUCAUAUCAAAAGUAUGUUGUUUCAGGAGACUUUGUAUUUAGAAUAUUCAUGUAAAACUUGUGAACAAGCUUUCAUUUUGAUCAAACUGAUCAUCUUCAUUUUUGUAAUAAAACUGAAGACUCAUCCA